UUUUCAUUUUAAACACAGAUUACUUCAGUGUUAGUGUGUUGUUCGUGUGUUAAUGUAAUAUUUUUCACAUUUUCACAUUUUAGUUUUGUUUUCUAAGUUUAUGUAUGAAAUUUUGGAAUUAUGACAAGGCUUACAACAAAACAGGCCCUGGUUGUAACUGGCUUGAUGUUUAUAAACAUAUCGGAUGGUUACAUUUAUGGUCAAAUGUCUGGCAUGAUAGAUGCUCUGAAGGCUCCAGACAGUCCCAUACCUGUUACAGAUGAAGAUAUUUCCUGGAUAGCUUCAAUUCUGAACUUAACGUGUGUCUGUGGAUUCGCCUUAUUUGUGGUUGCAGACCAGUUUGUUGGACGAAGAAAAUCUGUCAUGUUAUUUAGUUCACCCAUACUCGUGACAUGGAUUAUUUUGUAUUAUGCUCAAAGCAAAACUGUGUUGUUGUUUUCACGUAUAAUAGUGGGAGUAUUUUUUGGAAGUGUUAUAACUGUAUCGUAUAUUAACAUAGGUGAAUAUAUAUCUUCGAAGAAUCGAUCAUUUUAUACUAAUUUAGUUUGCGGAGCUGGCCCAAUUAUUGGUACAAUGAUAGGUCAUGUGUUGAGUAUUUUAUUGCAUUGGAGGCACGUAGCUCUUAUUGGAACAAUCCCUACAAGUUUGUCCAUAAUUCUACCAAUCUUUUGGGUAGAAAGCCCAUCAUGGCUGGCUUCCAAAGGUCGGUUUGAUGAAUGUAGAGCGGCGUUCAAAGCUCUGCGUGGUUCCAGCCAAGAGGCCUGCAAUGAAUUGGACCAACUAAUCGCACACGAAAAGGCUAAACAAAGAACUUUUUCCAUGCAAAAACGUGAUACAAUAUUGGCUAAAUUAUUUACUGCUUUCAAAACUAAAUCUUUUUGGAGAGUUAUGGGUUUAAGCCUCGUCGACGUCACCUACAGAGUAGGAUCGGGGCGUGUUUUAUUUUUUACCUUUGCUAUCACUCUAAUACAAAAUAUAACUAAUAGUUCAAAUAUUUUACUAUUUACGAUGGCUGUAGAUGCCUUUACAAUAACUGGUGCUAUGCUUUCUUGUUUUGUUGUUAAGAAAUUAAAGUUGCGUACACUGAUUUUAAGUUUCGGAACAAUUUCAAACAUUCUACUCGUAAUUCUUGGUGUUUGUUUAUAUUCUUUACCGAGUACUAACAUAUAUUUUUCAUACGUAAAGAUUUUUCUGCUCGCCGCUUACUUUAUUAUUCUAAGUGCCGGGCCGUAUGCGGUACUCGAAGCUAUAGUUAGUGAAAUAUUCCCGCUAGAAAUUAAAUCGUUUUGUUUAUUUUUAAUAGGCGUUACUGGUACCACAUUCCAAUUUAUAGCUAUAAAAAUCGCUCCUAGUAUGUUUGAGUCGAUGGGAUAUCAUGGUGUUUUCUUAUUAAAUGCCUUUAUAGUAUUUCUUUGUUUGGUUUAUUUGUGGGCAUUUUUGCCUGAAACAAAAGGCCGAUCUUUACAGGAAAUUGAAGUUUUCUUUCGCCUUGGUAGAUUCGAAACGGUAUGUGAUAGGGAACCGGUGAAAGAAUUGAUUCCUUAUAAAGAAAAAAAAGUGGGUAGUCCAUAACACUUAUUGUAAUGUGCAUUGUGACACAUAAUUAAAAGAUCAAAUGUGAAUACAUAAUUAAAAGAUCAAAUAUAUAUUUGAGAUUUUU